AUUCAUCAACUCUCAUCAAACUGUCUUCAUCAAACCAUCCAUCUUCAUCCAUAUUUAUCCAUUAUAUUCAAUAUGACUUCUAUCCAGGUCAACGAUAACGAUCUCACAGCCGUCAAGGGCAAGGUUGCUGUGAUAACGGGUGGGUCAUCAGGCAUCGGCCUCGCCACGGUUGAGCUAUUGUUGUCUCUGGGCGCACUAGUUGUGAAUGGAGACAUUCAGGCACCACCCGCGUCUAUAUCCGACAGCCUCUUCGUCCAGACUGACGUCAGACAAUGGAGCGACCUAGGCAAUCUCUUCAAAGCUACCAAGGAAAAGCAUGGCAAGGUUGACUAUGUGUUUGCCAAUGCCGGCGUUGGUCCCCGCGGAGACUUCUUGUCUCUGGAGGUUGACGAGAACGGUGACCCAAAGCAACCAAAUGUUGACACCAUCGACAUCAACUUGAACAGUGUUGUCAACACCGUCACCCUAGCUACUCACUACAUGAAGACUCAGAGCGAAGGAGCUAUCGUCAUCAUGGGAUCCAGCACUGGCCUACACCCCGUCCGAGCCAUCGAUUACUCGACGGCCAAGGCUGGUGUGAUUGGUUUCGGCAGGAGUUUCGCUCGUCUGGUAGAGGUAGCUGGUCUACCCAUCCGUGUCAACACCCUCGCCCCCUCAUGGACGGCAACACAAGUCCUGCCCAACCUGAAGGAUCUACUCGCCGCAGUCUCAGAGGACUGCCAGUCUCCUGCUGUAGUGGCAAAGGUCGCUACUUACCUAAUGGUGGACAAGUCGCGCCACGGUGACCUCAUCUUCGCCAGUGAUGGCAAAUUCACAGAGAUUGAGAAAUCUAUCCUCGCACCUGCAUAUGAGAAGAUCAAGGGUGAUUCGCUUAGCGACGAUGCAGUCCUCGCAAAGGUCAUGGCUCUAGCUGCUUAGAAGUCGAAUUAGUUGUGUAUCGCACCGUAGCAUAGCAAUUACCAAGCAUAUCCAAC